UUUAAAUCCAAAUCACAGAAUUGGUCUAAAGUUAAAUAACAUUUUAGUUUUUUGAUUUACCUUUUGAUUUAUUAGUUUAAACCAUAAUUUUUCGUAUGAAUUGUGCGCUAACUAUAAAUAAGUAAACAUUGAGAACCAAUUGAGCUCUCAGUUUAAGGUUAACGGUAUCCAGAGUUGGAUAAUCUUAUUGAUCGGUUUCUUCAUAGACCGACACAAUCGCUACAUAUAUAACACUAACAGCAACUGAUCCACAAAAGUCACAUCGAUUUGUUUGCCUGACACUAAACACAACUGUAAGACAAUAAACAUGGUUAACAAGACAGCGUUGAUUGUGCUAUUAUUGGCAAUGGUAUGGUUGGGUUCGGACGCUAUGCCCUUUUACUUCAGUAACGAUGAGUACGACAACAAUAAAGUCCAUCCGGUGUUCGGGCCGUACGCUAGCAAUCAUUUCAAUACUGAAGAGCGCCGUAUGAUUCCACGCAAAACUAAACGUUCCCGUGUAUUCAUAUGGAAACAUAGGGACCACUCGGCGGCCGAGGAGGCAAAGAAAAUACUGGGAUAUCUGGCGGCCAACUAUGAGCACAGCCCCGGAAAGUAAUGUCCCGAUAAAUCCAAGCACUACUUAUAAACUAUUGGAAAAUGUAUUAAUUAUUGAUUACUUAUUACUUUUAAUUCAGUUUAAAA